CCAGUUGUCAUUACGGUAUCUAUCCAUCUCCACAGAAUUAUCUGUACAGAACACUAACUCCAUUUGGGACUCCGAAAAAUCGUGACACUUUUCCCCGCAUCACGACCGCAGAAACAACUCCGUCUCGCACCACUGAGUAAAAAAGUAAGUACACGAUGUCCGCAAGCGACUUGUUCACUACAACGUCCUUGUUUUCCCUUGCCGGAGUGGCAGGAAUCGCGUUGACCGCUUACACGGGUGCCAAGACCCUCUUACCGCAGAAUGCGACCUUCAAGGACCGAUUCACCUUCGUGUGGCUGGCCUUUGACGCAUUGAUCCAUUUCCUAUACGAAGGGUCGUUCCUGUACUACUCUACCUUCGGGCGCCAGGUUAACCUGAGCGAAGGCCCCCUUGCGGAAAUGUGGAAGGAAUAUGCCAAGGCUGAUUUCCGUUGGGGAUUCUCGGAACCGACAGUCGUGUCGCUGGAAAUUCUCACCGUAUUAGGCGCUGGGCCGCUUUGUUGUUACAUUCUGAAGCAGCUUGUCUCUAAUGACCCUGCGAGGCAUUACUGGAUAGUAGUGUUGAGCACUGCCGAAUUGUAUGGAGGUUGGAUGACUUUUUGCCCGGAAUGGCUUACCGGAAGUCCGAAUCUGAAUACUUCGAAUGCCCUGCACUUAUGGGUUUAUCUUUUCAUGAAUCUGAUCUGGGUCUUGAUACCCAUUUGGCUGAUGGUUGAUUCCUACUCCCAUAUUGCGAAGGCAGUACGCGCUCAAGUUCCGACCAAGACUAAGAAUGCGUAGAAGGGAGCAACUUAGAUAUAAUACCCUGAUUUGUAUUUGAUUGCAACCCAAAACUACUUAUGACAUUGGACAAAAGAAAAGUUGAAAAUGUAACAGAGACGAAAAC